AUGGCACUGAUCGACCAGGUUCACAAGCUGAGCCUGCAGAUGCAGCAGCUCUCCACCAGCUCUCGACCAAUCACAGUCGUCAACGCGCCACCUGCACAACAACAAGGGAGCAUUGUGGGAUAUGUGAUACCGGUGGCAGUCAUUGGUGCAGCAGGCUAUGGGGUCAUGUGGUGGAAGGGCUGGCGAGUGAGCGAUCUCAUGUACGUCACAAGGAGGGGCAUGGACCAGGCGGUGAAGCUCAUGGGGGCGAAAGUGACGGAGCUGCAAACAGCCCUCGAC